UCGAGAUAAAAUGGAAACGUAUUCUUUGGCCAAAAAGUUACAUCUUUUUGUUGUAAUUAUUUUCAUGCAGUUUUGGUGUUGUAAUGCAUGGAAUUUGCGUCCUAAAGACAUGAAAUUGGACAAUCUCAAAAUAUGCGAGGUUCAUGAUGACAAUCCCGUGGUUGUAGAUGUAUUCGAUAUUACACAGCCCGGUAGACAAAAGUAUACAUUAAAUUCAACUAUACGAGUGUUGAGCGAUAUUACCAAUAAUAUAUAUUUUCAAAUGAACAUUUCACGUUGUACAGUUGGAAGAAAUAAAUGUGAUGACUUGGAAACCUUGGCCACGCCAAAUGUUUGCAAGAGUAUAAAUAUGCCGAAUACUUUGUGGUCACCAGUCAUUAAAUCUGUAAAACCGCCUUUGAGUUGUCCAUUGAAAAUGAACACCUAUCAUGUUGAUGAUAGUGUAUUCGAUUUGAGUCUGCUGUCCCGUAUUCCAGUGGAUCCAUGUAAAAUGUCUAUAAAUUUGUCCUUUUAUGACUAUCCACAUGAGAGUGAAAGAAAAAAGCGUCAUUUACUUUGCAUUUCUCUGGAUUUAAGAAUAACACAAGCAAGAUCCGGCGAAAGAGUGAGACCAACGAAAAAUUGAGCCGAGAUUUGAGUGAUUUUUCCUCUGCACAAAACACCAUUUUGAUUA